GUCUGUCCUAUACGGAGUCUACUCCUUUUUUUUUCACGUUUUUUCUUUUUUGAUUUAUCUGGGAACAUGGUCAAGGGUGUCGCGGGAUUUUUUUUUUUUUUUCAAUUUCGAUUCUCUCCAAACACGCAUGCGUUCUCUUCUACAAUCUACACCUCCAGAAGAAGAAGAAACAAGCAUGCGUGUCUCGUCUCGUUUCACAUACAACAGUACACAUCAACAUAACAGUACCUAUCUUUUUUCUUAUUUAUUUACAUAUAUAUAUAUCGGGCAAUAUGGGCGACGGCGUUUCUCCUCUCUAAUUAUCUCUCCUCUUUUCCUUUUUUAUGUGUUCCAUCUCUCUUCUCUCCUUUCUUCUUUUUGUGCUUUUUUUUGUUUUGCUCUGCUCAGUUUAGCACUUUACACACCUCUAUUUCCCGUUUGUUUGACGAUCGGUAGCGAUUUUUUUUGCUUCUGUUUAUUUUGUUUUUCCAAACCGAUUUCUUUUUUCUUCGGUUAUUCUAAUUUGUCGGGAUGAUGAUGCUGAGGAGGUGGGUGUGUUUAUUUUAGUUUGAGAAUAUUAUAAUUUUCUAUAUUAUUAUCGUCUCGUUUAU